AUGACUAUUGAUUUCCAUGUUACGUUGCAGGAGUAUAACUGGAAGAAGAUGGUUACGGUGCAGAGGGCUGUGACGUUGAGGUCUACUGUAGAUUCGAUUGGAUUCUCGAACUUUCCGAAUCAGGUGUUCAGACGGUGUUUGAAGAAUGGAUUCGACUUUACAUUGAUGGUUGUUGGUAUGUUUUUUAUUUUUAUAGGCUUUAUUGAGAAACAUAGCAAAAACUUUCUUUACAAGUUGUGAAAUGGCAAAAACUUUCUUUACAAGACUUAAAAUGGCAAAAAAUUCCUUUACAAAACAAAAAAUCGCAGGAACUUUCUUUACAGAACGUAGAAUUUUGAGAACUUUCUUUACAAGUCAUUAUGUGGCAAGAACUUUCUUUACAAAACUUGAAAUGGCGAGAACUUUCUUGACAAGUCAUUAUGUGGCAAGAACUUUCUUUACAAAACUUGAAAUGGCGAAAACUUUCUUUACAAAACAAAAAAUCGCAAGAACUUUCUUUACAGAACAUAGAAUUUUGAAAACUUUCUUUACAAAAUAUGAAUUGACAAGAACUUUCUUUACAAAACUAAAAAUGGGAGGAACUUUCUUUACAAGUCAUGAAAUGGCAAAAACUUUCUUUACAAACCAUUUUUUUCACAUAAAUUUUAUAAUUUCUAGGUAAAAGCGGCCUUGGAAAGAGCACCUUUGUCAACUCCUUGUUCACCGCCGAGAUCAACGAGCCUCAGACGGCUCAAGCAGCAGCCCAUCAGAAGAUCGAGAAGACCGUGAAAGUCAAUGCUAAAACCUUGGCAUUGGAAGAGGACGGUGUGAAUUUGAACGUGACUUUUGUUGAUACUCCAGGUUUUGGCGACUUUGUGGACAACAAAAACUGCUGGGAACCGAUUGUAAAGUACAUUGAUGACAGAUUCGCCGAGUAUUUGAAUGAAGAGACUAAAAUCGAGCGACAGCCUAAGAUUGAGGACAAGAGAGUUCAUGCUUUGUUGUAUUUUAUUCCACCGAGUAGAGGGUGAGUAUGAUUUUGUUUUUUUGGGUUGGGGAUAGACCUAGAGGUGAGAAACGAGUCGUGUAAGUUUGGCUUGACUUUGGGCUAAAGUUGACACGGACCGUACCUAAAAGCUGGGCCUUAUUUUGACGGGGCCGGCCUAAAAAAUGAAACGGACAGGGCUUAAGCGGUGGGCUUCGGCCUGGGUUUCUCACCCUUAGAACUGAAAGAUGGCUUUCUAGGCCCUUUCUUGGGAUGGGUUAGGCUAAACAGUAUUUUUUUUUGGGCUUGACCGGCAUUUUUGGCUCAGGGUGAGAAACGGGCCGGGCUUGGCUUACUUUUGUGGCCUGGAGCUCAAUGUUUAGGCCCGGCACGUUUUCAUUUUUGCCUCGGCCAGACUCUAAUUUUUUAUGUGCAAUGCGCCGGGCUUGAUUUUCAGGCACGGCUCGACCUUAAUUUAGCUCAAGGCCAACCCGGGUCUACUUGGCCUGUUUCUCACCCUUACUUUUGUCUCAGGGGUAAAACUAGGGCCUUAGAGGCUCAGCUUAUGUGUUUUGUCUUGGUUUAAGGGAUGGAACAAUAUUUUUUUUGCGUUUUUUUAAAAAUAUUUUUAAAGAAAGUUAACUUCUGGUUACAAGUAUAGUUAAUAUGUUGAUUACCAAUGAUACUUCAGCUUGUCCGAGUUGGAUAUUAUGGCUCUGAAAGCGCUGCACGACCGAGUUAACAUCAUUCCAGUGAUUGCCAAGGCUGAUACUUUAACUGCUGAUGAAUUGACGGACCUGAAGAACACAGUAAGGGCCUUGAGAUUGAAGUUUUAAAGUUUUUUUAGCUUAUAACAGUGGGCUUAUACUGUUUGUUUAUAUAAUAUUAGAAUAUUAAAAAGUUUUGUCGUUAAUUUGCAAAGGUUUGCAGGUCUAAAAACGACAAAACUUUUUUGACAUUUUAAUAUUAACGAGAGAGACGUAACUAGGAGCGGGGUGGUUCAACUCCUUUCUAGCCUAAACAUGAGCAACGGACCGGGCCCAUUUUUCAGGCCACGCCCGUUUUGAUUUUUGUCAGCACUGGCCCGUUGUUCAUGUCUAUUCUAGCCUGUUUUUAAACUUUCUUGAAUAACAUUCCACUUGUAACCUAUAUUAAUUUAGUUACUGGACCAGUUCACAGAGCACCAAAUCAAGUUGUACGAGUUCCCAGCACCGUACGAGAGUGGGAAGAACAAGAAAGAGACCGACUUCCGUGACAGAAUCCCAUUCGCUGUGGUCGGAUCGAAUCAAGUGAAGGACGAUGGUCGCAAAAAGUGCAGAAUCCGACGCUACAUUUGGGGCACGGUCGAGGUGGACAACCUGGAGCACAAUGAUUUCCUGGCCUUGAGGGAUAUCUUGAUCAAUCAGAAUCUAAUGGACUUGAUUGAUGUUACCAAGGAGAUUCACUACGAGAACUUUAGGUCGAAACAGAUGCAGAAGAGCCCUAAGGGCUUCAUUUCAACUGGAGAGUGAGUUUGUGGAGAGGAUGGGAUAUUGAGGUUAUGUUAGGUUUUGAUAGUGAAAAUAGUGGUGUUUUAGGUAGAAAAUGUUAGUAUGUGGUAAAAAAAUGUCAUUAUCGGGUUAAAGAUGUCAAUUUGGAGAUACAAAAUGUUGAUUUAGGGUAGAAAGUGUCAUUACCUGGUUUAGAAAUGACAUUUAGGUUAAAAAUGUUAUUGUAGGGCUAAGUAGACAUGAGGAACGGGCCGGGCCUGGAUUUCAGGCUCGGCCCGACUGAAAAAAAAUUUGGGACAUGUCCGGCCCGUUCCUCAUGUCUACUUAGCCCUACAUUAACAUUGUUAACAUAAAUAACAUUUUUAAGCUAAGAAAAGGUCGUUUUUAACAAAAACUCUUGAUUAGAGCAUAAUUUUGAAUUGCUUUCAGAGAUCCAUUCACGAAAAUGGAGAAAGAACAACGUCAGAAAGAGUCGGAAGUUAAGAUGCAGCAAGCCAAAAAGGAACAAAUCUUUGUGGAGAAGGUCGACCAGAAGAUGAAAGACAUUCAGGAAGAGGAGAGAAAGGUAUCACAACAUUUUUAAAGCUAAACAAUCUCAAAAAUGUGUUUUUUAAACUUAAUUUUAUGUUUUGUUACCUAAAUUUAUGGAAAUUUGUUUUAUGGUAGAAAAAUGGCAUUAAAAUCAUAUAUUUUUAAAAUUUUUGUGUUAUUAUUAUAUUAUCAACACCAUUUUUUAGUUAAACGAUUACAAGAAGACCCUGGACCAAGAGCUGGCUGAAAAGCGCUGCCUUCUAGAGACCCUAAAGCAACAACUUUCGGAAGUUCGACGUCAGAACGGCCUCAACGACUCCAACUCUUCUCAUUCGCCGGACGGAAGAAAAAAGAAGUCCUCCACAUUAUCCUUGUUCCGCUAA